CUCAUUCACAAAUAGUAUCACUGAUUAUAAUAUUGCCUUUAUUUACCCAGGCAGUAGUGCUAUAGUAUACCAUGGAGAUUCACGACUCAAGAUAAACAACCAGAAUGGGAAGUAUGGCGGUGUUGAUGAGCUUACUACCAGUGGUUGUGAGUACAUCCCUCAUGAUCAUGGUCGUUUCACACGGCAUCUUCGACCCAAUCAAAGUGGAUCUUGGAUUUGAACAUUAUGCCGAGAAACCGGACUUCACCAUUGGAUCAUACAAGCUCCCUGAUUGGUUAAAGUUAGCCAUGCCGCUAAAUGCUCUCGUCAACAUCGGCUACGUCAUCAUUGGCUUUUACUGGAUAUUUCGAACAUACUUCGCAGAGAGGAAUAAAACAGUUGGUUCUCUCCAUGCGUACUUUGCUUACACCUUUGCAUGGAUGAGUAUCGUGUAUGGACCCAUACAACUGGGGCGGAUCUUGUAUCAGACUCACCCCUCUGCAAUUUUGGAUCAAUGGGUCACUCUUCCCUUCUUUACCUUAGUAAUCCUCUGGAGUAAGUCCUUCAUCAUUGGCUGGAAUCUAAACGUCUGUCUAAUGUUUAUGCUGUCGUCGAUCUUGAGCUACAACUUGGUCUUCUUUAGUGAGUUUGGCUUUGAGGUUUCCCUCAUCCUGCAUGCUGCCAGUGUUUUAAAUGCCAUGCUCGCAAUUCACGGAAAAUACACCUGCGAGGGUAAUAUAAAGACAUUGAUGCUCACAUUUCUAGCGUUUGUGAUGUUCAUCUUAUUUAAGGUGCUGGAUCUUCACCUUCCCCGCUAUGGAGACGUCUUCACAGAGGUCAGCGGUCAUUUCCUGUCCAAAUUAUUUGGUGACAUUGCUCAGAUUCAAUGCGUUUUUGUUUUCUUUGAGAAUAUUGCCCAAAACCUUCAGGCGUCUGCUUUACUAGCAGACCUGAAGGUCAAGAGGGAUGACAAGGUCACAUCAUCAAGGAAGAAGAAAAGAUAAAUGCUGAAGACUCAAAGACUCUUUGGUGAGAAAAGGAACCGAUGAAGAGCAUCAUACUGGCUCGGUCACCCUUGGAUCUUGCUUUUAUCUCGUAAUGACUGUGUUCCACUAUGUACUAACCUUAAAGAAACUGGACAAUAUUGGUAAUUGUCAAAGACCAGUCUUCUCACUUUGUGUAUCUCAACAUUUGCACAA